AGCGGGAGGGCGCGGCGCGGCCGCAGCCCGUGCGGGGGAUGAGGCGGCGGCGGGGCGGCCGGAGCGCGGCGGCCGGAGCUGGCGCUGCCCUGGGCUGACCCCUUCGGGGGACGCCGGGGCUGCGCGGGGCCGGUAGCGGGGCCCGGGCCCGCCCGGAGAUACUCCAUGCUGCCCCGCCAUGUGCAGAGGCUGGGCAGAGACUGGAUCACCCACUGGAAUGGCUCCCAGAUACUGGCCUUGAACAGCCCAGUUUCCAGCUGUAUGAGAUGGGCCGGACACUAUCCUCCCUGGGCCUCAUUUCCACUCCCUAUUUCAGCUGAUUUUUCAGCAAACUGGAGAUUCCCUCCAUUUUUUGGACCUUGGAGACAAUUUCAGAACUCUAAUUGGCAUCUUGAUAAGUACACACAAAGUUGUUGCUUUCACCUACCCAACCCCAGUAUGAAAUCUGAGGGAGAAGAACCAUUGACAAAGAAGAGAAGACUCAGUGGCCAGGAUGAUACUUCAACUCCUGAACAACACACAAACUUGUGUAAUCAGAAGGAAGUAUCUUGUCUUUCUGUAGCACAGAAAGAAGAAAAAUGUGGCAGCAAGAAAGGAGCCAUCAAAAGACGCUGGGAAUAUUUCUGUCAGCAGAGUAAAACAAUGAAAAUUGCUAAAAAUAAAGGAUCUGACCAAAGCAGUACAGGAAGUGAGGCAACAUUUGAUUUUACUGUCAUGUCCUACAAUAUCCUCUCACAGAAUUUGUUGGAAGACAACUCUCACCUGUACAAACACUGCAGGCAGCGACUGCUAUUCUGGACAUACAGAUUUCCCAACAUCCUACAAGAAAUCAAAGAGCUGGAUGCAGAUGUGCUCUGCUUACAGGAAGUCCAAGAAGACCACUAUAGAACAGAGAUCAAGUCAAGUUUGGAAUCCCUGGGAUAUCACUGUGAGUAUAAAAUGAGGACAGGCAGAAAACCUGAUGGCUGUGCCAUUUGCUUCAAAACUUCCAAAUUUAGCCUGAUUUCCUCAAAGCCAGUGGAAUUUUUUCGCCGUGAUAUCCCACUCUUGGACAGGGACAACGUUGGACUGGUGUUGCUGCUGCAACCCAGAUUUCACUGUAAAGCCAGUGCUGCCAUCUGUAUUGCCAAUACACACCUGCUGUACAACCCAAGGAGAGGAGACAUCAAACUGACCCAGCUUGCAAUGCUCCUGGCAGAGAUUGCCAGUGUUGCCCCUCAGAAGGAUGGCUCUUUCUGCCCAAUUAUCAUCUGUGGGGACUUCAAUUCUGUUCCUGGCUCUCCAUUGUACAGAUUUAUAAAGGAAGGAAAGUUAAAUUAUGAAGGACUUGCUAUAGGGAAGGUCUCUGGACAAGAACAGUUUCCAAGGGGACAAAGAAUCUUACCUAUUCCAAUUUGGCCAAAAAAAUUAGGUAUUUCACAAAACUGUGUAUAUGAAAUAAAACAGCAACAAAAGGAAGAAAAUGCAGGAGAAAAAUUGGAAGCAGCAAAACCAGACAACACUCAGGAGAUUGUAAUAGCAUCUGAAAAGUUGUCUUCGAAAUUGCGGCACCAUUUUAAAUUGUCUUCAGUGUAUUCUCAUUACUUCCCUGAAACUGGGAUACCAGAAGUGACAACUUGUCAUUCCCGAAGUGCUGUCACUGUGGAUUAUAUUUUCUAUUCUGCAGCAAAUGAUGAUACUGUUGACCAGCCAGGAGCAGAGGAUUCUUUUUGUGGAGGUCUGAGACUUCUUGGCAGGCUGGCACUUCUAACAGAGAAAGAUCUUUGGACUGUUAAUGGUCUUCCCAAUGAAAAGAACUCUUCUGAUCACCUGCCACUGCUAGCAGAGUUCAGGCUUAUUGAACGGUAAUAUUGAAAGGACUUGUGGUGUAGGUAAAGUUCCCUUUACCUUCUCUCUCAUGGGAUGAUUAUUAUUUUUUUAAAAGCUUCAUUCAAGCACUGCUGGUCCGGUUCAAAUAAGUGUUCCUGCAUGCUGAUUUAUUAGUGUUGUGUAAAGUAGACUUUCUAAAGGGACUUCCUUUUUAAAACAAAAAAAAAAUGUUUAAUUUACUUUAUGAAGUCUUUUAGGGAGAAAAAGGAUUUUACAUUAGCUUCCUCUUUGAGAAAGGAAAACAUCUGUGCCAGACUCCAAAUGGCAUUAUUUUUAAUUAAUAUGUUGUAAAUGAUUUUUAUUGUAAAUCACAGUAAAAAGGACUAUUCU